GGGCCAAUCACAGCACCUGGCGGGUGUUGGGUUGUUGUUGUGCUAGUGUUGCUCUGUCACACUUUAGUGGCAUUAUUGUCACAAACGACGCGUUCACCAUGGCGUCGUUUGUGACCGAAGUGCUCGCCAGCUCCGGCAAACUGGAGAAGGAGGACCUGUCCGGUAAAAUCAGCAAGAUGUCACGUAAAGUGGAAGACACGAAGGAAGAGGUAUGUGACAUGUUAAAUAAGAGAUAUGGUGAAUUCCUACCUAGUCUUGAAGGGUCUGAGGAACUAAUGGUUCAGGUUGACGAGGUCUCCAAAGAAAUGGAUGCCCUAAAGAAUUGCAUUGAGAAUGAGGUACAGCAGAAUGUUCACUCAGCUGUGACCGAGUAUGCAAAGCUGAAGCAGCAGCUGGAGAAAAAUACCAUCAUCAUAGCAAUGUUAGGACACUUGAAAGAGUUUCAUAAUGCAAUGGAGGACUUCAGCAGAGCUUUACUGGAGAAGAAGUAUGUCGAUGCAGCCAAACUUCUGGAAAAGGCAAGAGUCAGUGUCAAUUCACUGAAGAACUGGAAGACUUCCCAGCUACCACUGCUAAGUACUCUCAGCUCUGAGCUGACGGUGCAGAGGGAAAACUUAAUUUACCACCUGGGAGACGAAUGGAAGCGCCUCGUCAUCUGGAGAUUACCAUCCCCAAAAGAGCCUGCAGGUGUGAAGUCUUUUCUGAAGGUGGAGCUGAACCUGUGCCAUCCUUGCAGUAAGGACGGUGAACCGAAACUACCUGCUUUGUUGUGCUGUGUCCUGCAAGCACUGGCCGUCCAGGGAGACCUUCAGCACAAGAUCAAACUCUUCAGUCAAGUACUGUUGAAGAACAUGUUGAAGCCGUUGGUUGUCCACCAGUCGCUAUCAGUGAAGGUCACAGAGCAGCAGGGGGAGGGAACCGUCCUGGCCCUAGAGUGUUUGGAGGCGGGCCAUGAGGAUCGACCCACACCUUCACAGGUUUACAGCAAACUGCUCCUGGUGCUCAAGACGCUGCACUCACAUCUGCUAGAUGUGGCCAUUGGAGAUCAAAAGCUCUCGACUAUCCUGGGAGAGCUGAUUUGGGAGGAACUUUCUCAGUGCAUCAUCCAUGAAUGUCUGCUCUAUUCCAUACCCACCAACAGCAGCCAGUUGGAAACAUAUAAAACUGUAAUCAUGGAAACAGAGGAGUUUGAGCAGUCUUUGAAGGAGAUGGGCUAUCUACAGGGCAAUUCUACAGACCUGCUCAAGUAUGCCAGGGACGUCAACUGUCACUUUGCCAGCAAGAAGUGCAAAGAUGUGAUUGUGGCAGCCCGCAAACUCAUGACCUCCAAGAUGCACAACACUGUAAAAAUCACCCCGGACUCAAAGCUGCCUCUCCCCAAGCUACCUGCUCCAAGUGCAGGGGUGAAGCUGAAGCAGGAGACCACGAAGGAGGAGAUCAUGAUGGCGAACACAAAGCAGCUGUCUGCGUGGAGUAUGUGUCUCCCAGCCUGCCGCAUCAGUGAGUCAGUGCAGCAGCUGAUGGAGCUGGCACUCAACACCCUGUGUGAGGCCGUUGGAAGCUCCACACAAUGUGCUUUACAACUCUUCUUCACCGUGAGAAACGUUUUCCAGCUGUUCUACGAUGUCGUGCCAACAUAUCACAAGGAGAACUUGCUCAAGUUCCCUCACCUCGCUGCAAUCCAGCACAACAACUGCAUGUACCUGGCUCACCACCUGCUUACGCUGGGCCACCAUUUCAGAGGUCACCUGCCACAGCCGCUCAGUGGGGGCGUGGCAACGUUUGUGGACAUGGUGCCAGGUUUCAGGAAACUUGGUGCCCAAUGCUUCUUGGCACAGCUGAACGUGCAGAGAGCCGAACUGUUGGAGAGACUUUCGACGGCUCACAACUUCUGCAACCUGGACGAUGAAGAUAAUUACAUUGCAGCUAGCAAAGCCGUAAGACAGGUGAUUCAUCAGUUGAAACAGUUGGGUACAGUGUGGCAGGACGUCCUACCAGUCAGCAUCUAUUGUAAAGCCAUGGGCAACCUCCUCAACACCGCCAUCACUGAGGUCAUUUCCAAAAUCAUGAUGCUCGAGGAUAUUUCCUCUGAGGAUGGAGAGCAUCUCCACAUUCUGUGCCAAACCAUCAUUGAGGAAGGUCCACUGGUCUUCAUCCCUCUGGCAGAGGAAAACAAAAACAAGAAAUAUCAAGAGGAAGUGCCGCUGUACGUGAAGAAGUGGGGCACCUUCAAAGAGCUGGUUAUCGUGCUGCGGGCCAACCUGCAGGAGAUUGUUGACAGGUGGGCUGAUGGCAAGGGUCCGCUGGCGCUGGAGUUCUCCAGUUCGGAGGUGAAGAAUCUGAUCCGAGCCUUGUUUCAGAACACAGAGAGGAGAGCUGUCGCUCUGACCAAAAUCAAAUAAAUACUCACAGCUAAUGAACACCAUAAAGAAACUAUAGCACUUUUUCCUCUUGGGGGGGAAAAAUAUUAUUCAUGUCUUUGUUCAUUUCCAUUCUCCUGUUAUGUACAUUAAAUAUAUGCACUAUUUCUUUAACGUCAA